GUGGCUCUGGCCGCUCGGGACCGAGUGCAAGGUGACUGGGAGGUAAUCGAAUCACCAUGAUUCUUCAGAGGCUCUUCAGGUUGACCUCUGUCAUUCAGUCUGCAGUCUCGGUCUCUUUGAGGAGGAACAUCGGUUUUACAGCAGUGGCAUUUAAUAAGGAACUUGAUCCUGUAGAGAAACUCUUCUUGGACAAGAUUAGAGAAUAUAGAACUAAGCGACAGACAUCUGGAGGACCUGUUGGUGCUGGCCCAGAGUAUCAGCGAGACCUAGACAGGGAGCUUUUUAAGCUUAAGCAAAUGUAUGGUGAAGCAGACAUGAAUACGUUCCCUAACUUCACAUUUGAAGAUCCCAAGUUUGAAGCCGUCGAGAAACCACAGUCCUGAAGAAAUAAUGUAAAAUUUAUCUGGUCAUUUGUCCUAGAUUAAUUGUACAACUGAUGAGAAGUAACAGAAUCAACAUACA